UUUUUUUUGACAUCAAAGAAUGACUGGCGCAACACUUCAAGCGAUCCGUUACCAGCGUGGCUCUCUCGACAUUCUAGACCAGUUACUGUUGCCACAUGAGACUGUGUACGUUUCAAUUACGAGUCUGGAAUUGGGACAUGAUGCCAUCAAGACCAUGAAAGUCCGUGGAGCACCGGCGAUUGCGAUUGUGGCUGCGUUGACCCUGGCUGUGGUCUUGAUCCAACCCUCGACACAACCUCGACUUCAGACAGCUCAGGAGGCAGUCAAGUUUAUUGAGGAUUCGCUGGAUUAUCUAAAGACGUCCCGUCCAACGGCCGUCAAUCUAUUUGAUGCUGCUCAUAAAUUAGCAACAGGUGUAAGAUCGACAUCGAGACUGGAGGAAAAGGACCAGUCAGGUUCAAACUCGCAUGUGACGGUAACGGGUCAAGAUGUGGUCAACAAGUAUUUGGAAUUAGCAGAGAGGAUGUUGGAGGAGGAUGUACGAGAUAAUACCAACAUUGGCAAGUUUGGAGCUGAAUUCAUUCUCAAGGUUUGGAAGGGAAGCGAUGAUCUUCGUGUUAUCACUCAUUGUAACACUGGAUCGUUGGCGACUGCAGGUUACGGAACUGCAUUGGGAAUCAUCCGUGCGUUAGCAGGGCAACAAAAACUUUCUCAUGCCUACUGCACAGAAACCCGUCCUUAUAAUCAGGGCUCUCGUCUGACGGCCUAUGAGUUGGUUUAUGAAAAGAUCCCCGCCACUUUGAUCACCGAUUCGAUGGCCUCUGCAUUGUUGGCUCAACAUACAGACAAGAUCGCAGCCAUUGUCGUUGGGGCCGAUCGUGUGGCGGCUAACGGAGAUACGGCCAAUAAGAUCGGAACCUAUCAAUUGGCCAUCACAGCUCGAUAUCAUAAUGUGCCCUUUAUCGUCGCUGCUCCCUCUACCUCUGUGGAUCUGAACAUCUCUUCCGGUAAAGAUAUUCAUAUCGAAGUCAGACCGCCGGUCGAAGUGACCACAUUGAGAGGCCCUGUUGUCGUUGUCGAUCCCAACUCUAGCACCUCCAAGGGUUCCUCUUCUUCUUCUACUGAUGUGCUCUUGAAACAAGAUGAGGCUAGUGGGAAAAUCGUCUCUGAAACCGUCGCUGUUGCAGCUCGUGGGAUCAACGUCUGGAAUCCAUCCUUUGAUGUCACGCCUGCAGAAUUGAUCUCCGCCAUUGUCACGGAGAAGGGUGUUGUUCUUAAGGAAGAUGGUGUUCAACAGUUUGACAUGAAAGCCUUUCUAGUACCGAUGUAAAAAAAAUAAUAAAAACGCAUUAUAGCAU